UUGGAUUUUGGAUACCAAAUCCAAAGGUCCAGAAUCCAAACUGCCAAAUGGCUCCUUGGCCAAUCUGAUCUCUGGAGCACCAAUCAUCUUCAGUGGGUCCCACAAAUUGGAAGGUUUAAGCUGAGAAUAGGUUCUCGUGUCCAAUUUUUAAGCGGCGUAUUAUCAACCAUACCUCUCGGCGGAGUAUAAAGCAAGUCUCAUUCUUUAUUCCUUUCCCUACACCCCCGGCGCAAGCUAGCAGAAACCCCUCCUAUGAAAAGCUCAAACCGAAAACCCCAACAUCCUUGCUCCGCUCAUCUUACACCCAAUGUCUCUCUACACAAGAGCCGUCAGAUUCCCAGCAAAAUCCGUUAGAUUUCUGGUGAAAUUUCCAUCCAACCGUCAUUUUCAGGCAACCCAUUUCUCCAGCACGUCUCAGGUAAUCCAUUCCUCCCAUCUUUCUGACGAAACUCCUCUCAUUCUAUUCACAGAAAAGCCCUUUUCAGGAACAAGCUUAAAUACUCAAAAACAGAAAGAAAACCAAUCACAGGAAGAUCUCAAAGUCCUUCAAUCUCUCACCGAAAAUCCCAAAUCAGCUCUUGAUUUCUAUAAUUCCAUUAAUUACCAAAAACCCAUUUCUCUAAUUGCUACUAUAGUGCAUAUAGUCACUCUAUCGCCCUCUUUUCACCCUGCGGUAUCAAUUCUCGGUGAAUUUUUGGAGGAUUUUUCAGGUGAUUUUUCUUGGGUUUUCCGCAAAUUCGUAGUCGAGUUCUUAGAUUGGGAUUCCAGGGAUAGGGUGUGUAGCAUUUUAUUGGAAUCCUUGAUCCGUCAGAAUAGAGUUUCCGAUGCAGUUAUAGUCCUUUCGUUGACGAAGGAAUGUGGGGUCGUCACUCCGACAGUUUUUUCAGUUAAUUCGGUUUUGCGGGCGUUGGUCGGUUUGGGCAGGAAAUCGGAGUUUUGGCAGGUUUACGGAAUGAUGAGGGAAAUGGGUAUUGAUGAAGAUGCCUUUACUUGCACUCUCGUCAUCAGUGCUUAUUUGGAAGAUGGGUCAUUCAAUGAUGCAUUGGAUUUUGUCCGUCGGAUGCAGGAUGAAGGGAGGCCCAUUGACUGUGUGGUUUGUAGUAUUUUGGUUGAUGGGUUUUGUAAGAAUGGAAGGAUCGAGCAGGCAAAGUUGGUGUUUCAGGAAAUUAGGGAGAACGGGAUUAUGCUGGAUACAUGCAGUUAUAAUGUUUUGAUUGGUGGGUGUUGUAGAAAGGGUAGGAUUGAUGACGCCAUUUCGUUAUUUGAAGAGAUGGCAUUGGCAGGAGUACGUCAAGAUGUGUGUACUCACAAUAUUCUGAUUAAUGGGCUUUGUAACAGAUUGAUGGUUCGGAGCGCAGACGAGAUAUUUGAGAAGAUGAAGAGAGAUGGGUUGGUCCCAGAUUUGAUUACAUUCAGUGCAUUGAUUGGCGGACAUUGUAGAGAUGGCAAUUUUAUUAGAGGUUUUGAAUUGAAAGAUGAAAUGGUUGGAAGUGGGAUUACACCGAGUGUUGGGGUAUACGGACACCUGAUUAGCGGAUUGAGUGAUGUGGAGCUAUUAAAAGUGGAGGAGAUUUUGAGGGAAAUGGAAAAAAACGGCGAGCCUCUGACGCCUGUUAUCUUUGAAACUUUGAUGAGAGGUAGUUGGAAGAGGGGAAGAAUUCGCAUAGGUUUUGCUCUUUGUGAUAAAAUGGCGGAAAGGGGUUUUUAUCCGGACAUCAUAACACGGGCAGAGGUUUUGGUUAGCCUUCUCAAGCAGAAAAUGGUAGUAGAAGCUCGUGAGUUCUUUGCAAGGAUGUUCAAGGGAGGGCUGGUUGCGGAUUCAUUUAGAUUUUUGAAAUCCAAGUUGAAGGAUGAAGAAACUCGAGAUAUCUAUGCUUCUCUUAUUUCAACAGAUGUUUUUGCUUGCAACAUUGUUAUCAAAGGAAUGUGCAGUGAGGGGCUGGUAGAAGAAGCUUUGGAUAUUCUCAAAUGGAUGGAACUUCUUGGGAGUUACAUUGACAAUGCUAUGUAUAACACAGUCAUUGAUGGGCUUUGCAAAUGUGGCAACAUUGAAAGAGCUGAAUUUGUUUCGAGAGAGGCGGUCAAGAGAGGAAUGGAACUAGAUUCAUUUGCUCACAACAUACUGAUCGAUGGGUAUUGUAAAAAGAACCAUAUGGAGACUGCUCUUUUGCUAUUCGCUGACAUGUUGCAGAAGGACGUUGCACCAGACCUUGUUACUUAUAACACGUUAAUGAGCAGGCUUUGCAGAAAUUCUCAGGUUGGGAAAUCAAAUGAAGUACUUGCCAAUAUGAUUAGAAGCGGUCUGAUCCCUGAUCAGAUUUCUUAUAAUAUUCUGAUAGACAAUUACUGUAGGGCUGGCGAUGUGGAGCAGACCUGUAAAGUGAGAGAUGCAAUGGAGGGAGCUGGAUUCCCACCUAAUGCCCGCACUUAUGGCUCUUUGAUGGAUGGAUUUUGUAAGAAAGGGAAUGUUGAUAAAGCUAAGGAGGUUUUCAUGGAGAUGAUAGCGAAAGGAAUAGCACAUGACACCUUUGUAUAUAACAUUUUGAUUGACGGGUAUUGCAAGAAAGGUCAUAUUGACGAAGCCCUUUUGCUGUAUGAGGAAAUGUCUUCUAAAAAUCACACCCCGGACUUGGUUACCUAUGGCACUCUGAUAGAUGGGCUUUGUCGAAAAUCGAUGAUAAAAGAAGCGACCAAUCUUUUUCAGAAGAUGCCGGAAAGUGGCAUUGCCCCAGAUUUGGUUGCAUAUAGUGCCCAGAUCAAUGGCCAUUGUCGAACCGGUGAAUUGGGAGAGGCGUUUAAGCUAAAGGAAGAGAUGGAAAAGGUGGGCCUUUUACCCGAUGAAGUUACAUACUCUUCUUUAAUCUAUGGUCUUUGCAAAAAGAACCUCAUGUCGGAUGCUGAAUCAAUUCUGUCUGAAAUGAAACGCAAGGGAGUUCCUCCCAAUGCCAUUACUUACAAUAUACUGAUUAGUGGCCACUGCAAAGAAGCGCGGAUCGAAGAAGCCCUCACUCUUUGCAAUGAGAUGAUUCAAGCGGGCCUCAAAAUGGAUGCUAUCACAUAUACUGAGAUUCUCUCCGGACUUUGCAAGAGAAAUAUGUUCGGGGAAACUCAACAGCUUCUUGUGGCAAUGUUAAAGAAAGGCCUCUUUUCCAAUCAAAGCUCAUCGAAUGUUUUGAUUGGCGUAUUUUGCAAGAAGGGGAUGCUAGACGACGCCCUUAAGAUUACAGAUCAAAUGGUCGAGAUGGGUUUGCCACCAGAGUCCCAUACUUUCACCACACUUAUCUGUGGAUUGUGUGAGAAAGGGAAUCUAACUGAAGCGGAGAUUAUUUUUUGGGCAGUUGCAGAUAUGGGAUCCAUUCCUAGUAGUGGUGCCUAUGACGCCUUAAUCAAUGAACUCUGUAAGAAAAGAUUGUUCGAACGUGCAUUUGAAUUUCACCACAAGAGCGUGAGGAGAGGACUCGUGCCAGAAUCAGAGUCAUAUAAGAGGAUUGUUCGAGCUAUCCUCCACACAAGAACUUCCGAUGGUUCAUGAUCUGCAAAUAUCAAAUACUGGAUUGCUGGUUGAUUUUAUAUGGUAAAGUGCCAACCCGGUGCGAGUGGAAUCAUUUACUUGAGAUUUGAUGAAUGGAAGAUUCGGCAUUUGAUGGAUUGGACUAUGUGCCAACAUACACAUGUACAGAAGUUUAUGGUGCCAAUUGAAGGGAUGGAAGAGAAACAGUGGAGGAUGAGUCAAACGGAGGAAAAUGGUAUUCCCAACCCUGUCAUACAUUGGAACCUCUAUGAGGAGUCCAGAGAGCAAGGUAGCUUCAGAGUAGUUAUUGCCUGACGAAGACAGUGAUCAACCUUAUCACGUCCCUUCCUGCAUCACAGCUCCCUUUCCCAAUUGUUUUAAAAAUAAAGCAGAUAGAUAUAUUUUUUAGAAAAAUGAAUUUCAUAGGACACACACCCUUGAUUUUUUUUAUGGGGCCACCAUGAUCUGUAGAUUGAUUGAGCCAACCAUGAUCUGUAUGUGAGAUCUACUCCAACCAUUAGAUAUGUAAUAUACCAGGCACAAGGCCAAAAAAAUUAGGUUGUAUUGUGCACCACACCAAAGGAACCAGUGGGAGAGACACAUCCACAUAUUUACAGGGCCAUACAAAGCAUGUUUGAAAGUCAUUAUGUCAGAGUACUUACUCAACUGACCUAUUUGAACAGAACCACCUAGUCUCAUCAAAUCACGCCACAAGGGGUCAUUGCAGACAUCUAUAGUGCCAAGAUCACCAGACAGACUCAGUCCUGGAGGAGCUUUGUAGGGCCCAUCAUGAUGUAUGUAUUUUAUCCAUGCCAUGCAUCCAUUUUGCCCGAUCAAUUUAGGGUAUGAGCCCAAAAAUGAGGCAGAUCCAACCCUCAAGUGGACCUCACUACAGGAACUGGUGAUGAUAAUGAUGCCCAUUGUUGAAACCUUACAGUCCAUUGUGAUGUCUAUUUGCCAUCUAACCUGUUGACAAGGUUAGUAGACCCGAAUGAAGGGAAAACACAAACAUCAGCUUCUUCAAAAAUCUCCCAUUAAAAUUUUAAUGGUGGGCAUUCAAUUCCCACUGUAUGGUCUACUUGAGCCUUUGAUUUGUCUAUUUUUGAGCUAAUAUCCUAAAAUGAUUUAGAAAAAUAGACGAACGGGUCAAUAAAACAAGACAGCAUGGUGGAUUCCUCAUAGCCCUGCAAAGACCAAGUUCAUCAUGACGGAGCUGGACCUGAUCUGCGUAAUAAACGAGCGAACACGGAUUGCUUGCUGACCCUGUCAGUACCAACGUCGAUAUUGGUGAGUGUUAUAUGGCCCCUCUAUUGCUGACCCUCUCAAGUGGACCGGUGGUUGAUUGAAUGCCCGUUGUUAAAAACCUCUUGGGGCCACAAAAAUUUUCAAUCAAGCUAAUAUUUGUGUUUUCCCUUCAUUCAGAUCAAUGUGACCUAAUAUACAUAUUUGAUGGCAAAUAAAUAUUACGGUGGGCCCUAGGUCCAUGAGACUUGAUCAACGGGUUAGAUGAUGGAUAAAUAUUACAGUGGGCCUUAGUUUUUUAAUGGUGGUCAUUCAAUCGUCAUUGUUUCUUACCUUAUGGUCCACCUAAGAUUUAGGUAUGCCUUAUUUUUUACCUCAUACCAUAAAAGGAGCUGGAAAUUUUGAUUUCAGCGUGGAUAAUCAUGAUGGAUACGAAGAGCCAACCAUCACUGAUGUUGGCACUGACAGUGUCAGUCUCCUUCUUGAGAGAGCCGGCCUGGCCCGGCAUAGGCAACGGUUAUGAGGGGCCGCUAGAAUCUAUUGGCUUUAUCCAUAUCAAUCAUUUA